UGGAAUACUUUUCUUUAUCUGCCUAGAACACAAUUAUCAGUUGUAUACAAACAUUAUUUAUUUACUGCCGAUUAUCCAACAUUAUAAAGAAUCACAAUGGCGGAUGAUGAUGAUAAACCCAAGAAGCAUACGUUGGAUACGCUAUUCAUGGUGUAUGCCAACUACCAGGUUAUACCCACGGAGAUCGAGAACGAGAUGUUCGACAGCAUACUGCUCUCCCAACUGGACGCCUGGCUGGAGCAGGCCAAGCUAAUGCCGAAUCCCAUAACUCGCACCCAAACCGGUCUCAUCUAUAUGAAGUAUAAGAAGUGGCGGAUGGAGUUCGAAGACUUCCUGGAGGUUAUUCAACAAUUGAGUGCCGAUAAUGGGAUUCCUCUGGAUGAAUUCAAGCAGACAAUGAUCGAUGCGGGGAUCCCAAGUGGUGCUGCCGAUAUGGUUAUUGUCAAAUAGCUCCAUUGGUGCUUCAUUUUAUUUCAUUUAUUUACAUAAAAAGUAGGCAUACAACAAUUAAAUUUAAGUAACAAUUACAGAUAAAUAAUUUUGAUUAGUUUCCAAAUAUUUGUGGUCAACAAAAGCCUCUAACCCCAUCCGGUUUAGUUAUCUUU